AUGACAGUCAAAUGUCAAUCCGACGUUGAUUGCGCCCCAAACUUCUGUUGUCCAAUUGUGAUCCAGCGCUGUCUCCCCAAAAUCCUAGAAGACGGCGCCUGCAACUUCAAGGAUUUACAUCGCUGUGGCUGUAUGGAUGGAUUAGUAUGCCAGAAGACUGCAGAGAUUACAAUUUUCCCAGGCAUUAAGAUUCCUCUUGAGCAGUGCGUCAAGAUGUAAACACGUAUAUUUACGUAGCACCAUUAAGUGCUGUAGUAGCUUGAGCAAGAAAAAUAAAAAUAAAACGGUUCUUU